AACUCCCGCUGGGUCCGCCUUUCCGAAACCUUGAUGGUCUAGCCUAGGUUAAGGAAUUACAUAUUUUCUCCUCUUUAUAAAUUACAUGCUCACAACUCAACUGUUGUUUCGCACGGCUGAGGAGUAUUACAGGAUAAAUCUGUAUACUCCUUGCGUCAGGAAUUAGACUUUUUAUUAGUUUAACCACUUGAAUCUAUUUAAGAAGGUCAACUGUUAGGUUGAUUUUUCGUCCAUCGAGCUCCACAGCUUCGCCACAAAGCCAACUCAAUUUAUUGUCUUCGGUUGUUAUCUCGUCAUCAAGAGACAGUUAUACCGCCGUGAUGAGACCUCCUAUCCCGGUAUUAUCCGAGUAUGGAAUCUCGCCAAAGUAUGGCUUCUUGCCCGACGUCCUGCCUUUAACUAGGCUUCCGGACCCCUACUAUAACAAGUGGGAGUCCAUCGGCGCCAAUCUACAGAAUUUGAUUCUUAGCAAGCGUCUUCGAGGAGUUAUCGACCGUCUUCCUGUUCUCUCCACCGUCGGUCUGGAACAUGACGCAGAAUGGAGGAGAGCCUACAUGCUCCUGACCUUCUUUGCUCACGGCUACAUCUGGGGAGGUGAUACUCCCUGUGAUCGUGUGCCACCGAGCAUCUCUGUUCCCUUGUUGGAUAUUUGUCAACACCUCGAGGUUCCACCCGUGUCUACCUACGCCGCCUCCGUGCUGUGGAACUUCAAGCCCCUCUUCGUCGACGAAGAGAUCGACGAUCUUGACAACCUCGCCACCUUAGUGACCUUUACCGGGUCCCUUGACGAGUCUUGGUUCUACCUAGUCUCGGUCGCCAUUGAGGCUCGUGGCGGCCCCAUCAUCCCUCUGAUGCUAACGGCAGUUGCUGCUGCUCGACAAGGCGAUAGUGCAACCGUAAUACGUUGUCUGCAUGCCUUCGCCGAGCGCCUCGAUGACCUCGGCGAACUAUUGCGUCGCAUGCAUGAAAGCUGCGACCCGGGCUUCUUCUACCGUCGCAUUCGCACAUUCCUUGCUGGUAGUAAGAACAUGGCCGAGGCAGGUUUGCCGCAUGGUGUCAUGUAUGAUGAUGGUUCAGGCAAAUCUGAGUACGUGCAAUACAGCGGACCUAGCAACGCCCAAAGCAGUUUGAUUCAAUUCUUUGAUAUCAUUCUUGGCGUCGAGCACCGUCCCACCGGUGAGAAGCCUAAUCCGUCUUCCGAGUCGGAACGUGAAGGGCGAAGCCGUGCCCCCAAACACAAUUUUAUCCGGGAUAUGCGACGUUAUAUGCCAGGGCCGCACGCGCGCUUUCUGAACGAUGUUGGAGCGGUUGCUAAUAUUCGCGAGUUUGUUGAGAGCCGCGCGGCCUCUGAUCGUCCUCUAAGCAUCGCCUACGAUGCGUGUCUUGCCAUGCUCCGCGCGUUCCGCGACAUUCACAUCGCUAUCGUCACGCGCUAUAUUGUCUUGCCGUCUCGAGAGAAUAGAGCACGAAGUCGAUCGCGUAGCCCCGAAGCUAUUAGGAAUAGAUUAAACCUAGCGACGGCUUCUAAAAACGAGAAGCAUAAGAAGGUCAAAGGAACUGGUGGUACAGCUCUGAUUCCUUUUCUCAAGCAGGCUCGUGACGAGACUGGCGAGCCCUCAAUCGAGGUUUGGGCCAAGAAGUUUAUGAGCAGGCAAACUAAGGUCUCAGGUCAAAACGAUUUCUUCCUGGGUAAAGACGAGAAAUCGGAGGUGCUAGACGAACCGGUUAUUGAACAUGGUCUUGCAGGGACUUGGACUAUGGAUGAGGAAAUUGGUGGUAUCUGCAAUUACUGAUAGGCAGUGUUACUUGAGCUUUUGUCUCGAGUUAGGACCGUUACAGCAGUUGUAGUAACGAGAUACUGGAUAAUUCCCCAGGAACCGUAGUUCUCCCUUCAGUAACAAGGCCUUAUGAAUCUACCUAUCAGAUAUUUCAC